CUCUCAUCACAAUUAAUGAACACCAUCGAUCUGAUUGAAAUGAACAUUGAUGAUGAACAAUUAUUGGAUCAUUCGAAUGCCGUUCAAGUGUUCAAAAUGGUUUCCGAUACCGGAAUGGUGACGACAAAUUUAAAUUCAAACAAAAUGAUGAAAAAUAUUUCCACAGUGCCGGAAAUCGAAGCAAUGAAACGGAAAUCAUUGUACAAGAUUAUCAUUUUGACGGUGUUUGGCAUCAUAUUUACAGUGGCCACAUUGUUCAGUCAUUUUUAUUUACCAUCGGCGUUAGAAAAUGCAAUUGUUGAAGAAUUUAUGCUGAAUCCAGAAUCGUCCAGUUACCAGGGAUGGCAAAAAUCAAACAUUCCAAUUUAUAGUUCAUAUUAUUUUUUCAACAUAACAAAUCCGGAUGAAUUGUUCAAAGCGGGCGCGAAACCACGACUUCAAGAAAUUGGUCCAUAUGUGUUUCAAUUGAAUUUUGAAAAAGUGAACAUUUCAUGGAAUUUCGAUAAUGGUACUGUUGAAUAUCGCCAGGUGAAAACAUGGACUCCUGUUCCAUCGAAAUCCAUUGGAUCGUUGGAUGAUGAAAUUGUUCAUGUUAAUGUUCCACUUUUGUCCGGUAUACACCAGAUACGAUCGAUACCGGAAGAGGAAAAAUUUUUAGCAUACGAAUCAUUGAAUUCAUUGAUCGAUGCAUUCAACAUGUCCUUCGUAAUGAAACAUAAAAUUCGUCAACUUUUGUUCGAAGGUUAUGAAGAUGAUUUGCUGACGACCGCGUCGAGUUUUUAUCCUGGAGAAGUUGCACAAACCCGUUUUGGUUGGCUGUAUCAAAAAAACAAUACAUCAUCCGAUGGAUUAUUUCGAGUGUACACCGGGCAAUUAGAUUCGGGUCGAAAACUGGGCCUGAUUGAUACAUGGAAUAAUGAAAAUGAAAACAUUAAAUGGAAAGUGGGCGAGAAAUGUCGAUCAUUUGACCAUACGACCACUGGCGAUUUACAGCCACCAUUUUUUUUGCGUGAAAAUUACCAUCUUUUACAAUAUUUUGGCCAGCAAAAUCUUUUGAAACCACUGCCAAGUAUACGUAUGUUUAUUGCCGAUAUAUGUCGUUCAUUUGAUCUGGAAUACAUGGAAACCAUUGAAACGAUGGAUCAAAUUCGUCGUUAUCGUUAUCGAAUGGGACCUUCAACAUUCAAUUAUACAUCAUCGAAUGAUAAUCAUUGUUAUUGUAAAAACAAUAAAAGUUGUCCACCCGAUGGUCUAUUUGAUCUGGGCAUUUGUGCCAAAGAUUCACCCGUGUUCACAUCAAGUCCACAUUUUCUAUUUGCCGAUCCGUCAUUAUUGAACAGUGUUGAUGGUUUACAGCCAAAUAUUGAUAAACAUUUGUUCACUAUGGAAUUUGAUCAUAAAUUUGCCUUAGCCUUGACAAUCGAUGUAAAAUUUCAGCUCAACGUUUUGGCCAAAAAAUCUGAUGAAAUUGAAAUUAUGGAAGAUUGGCCAGAUAACUUUGAGCUUUAUCUGCCACAAUUCUGGUUUACAACGCACGCUGAAUUGGACAAAUCGAUAACCUAUCAAUUAUAUUUCCUUUCCAAUGUACUGCCAUUGAUACUGUUGUUGACUACCAUAUUGAUUGCUUUAUUGGCCAUCAUUUGUUUCAUAUUUUUGACCAUUUAUAUAAUGAACAUCAGGAUGAUGUCAUGGACAUUGAAUGAUAAAACACGAUAUGAAAGUGUAAGCAUGAUGGAAACAAAAUCCAAUGAUAAUGAAUAGUCGAAAACCAAAAAGUCAAAAAGAAAACAAAACACGUGACGAAACAUUUGCUCAAUUGA